AAGCAUGCAGGAGGGGGACAGGGCAUGGAGCAUCCCUUGGUCCUCUCUCCUCAACCAGGGAGGUCCUCUGGUUGCCUUGGCUGUCCUCAGUCCCCAUGGGGGCAGCUGGGCCGAAGGGUCCCCUCAGCCUGUCCCCCAGGCUCCCAGACGCCCUGGGUGCUGGCAGACAGUUGGCAAAAGGGCCUCAGACAGCCUCCCUGAUUUACCAGGCUCUCCACGUCUCCCUGCUGAUGGAUGACCUGUGCUUUUCCUCUCUCCUCUCUCUAAAUGCUGCUGUCUCCAAGGCCGCCCGCCCAGAGUGGGAGGGCACGCAGGCAGGGAGGAGCUGGGCCGGCUGGCUGGCGGGGCCUCUGCUGGUCUUCCUGCCUCCUUCCGCUCAGCUGCCCUGCCUGGAACCCCAAGGUGUCGCCCACAGGCGAGGCCAGGGCCACCUAUGUGCUCAGACCCCUCCCUUCAGCCACUGUGAACUCCACCAGCCAGGGGCCAGGCACAGUGCUAGGUGCCUGCCUACAAGGAGCUCCCUGACAAUAAACAACAGGACCGGACCACAGAGGCUUUGGUAGAGGCUCUCUAGGAGACCGUCUUGAGCCAAGAUCUAAAAGGUCAUUUCCGGAGCAACCCCUGAGGAUUCAGCGUUAUGCUUUGCUGGCAUCUGAUCUCCUCCCACAGGCAGCAUGAUCCCAGGCUAAGUCCCUCCUGGCAGGGGGACCCUGCCCCUUCUCGGUGGGGCUCAUAGCUGGAUGAACUCAGACCGUGGAGUGGCUCUCCACUCUGCCACCUGCCAGGGCUCUGCUCGGACCCUUCAAGCUUCACAGGGGUGGAGAGGAAGAGGCAGAGGAGGGGGUGCGUGGAAGCUUCAAAAAAGUCAGAACACCUGGGUUCUACUCCCAGCUCUGCUACAAGCCCAGCAGUCACUGUGGGUAAGUCAUCGUGCCUGAGCUUUAAUCUCCUCGCCUGAACAUGGUAACAGUAUGCCCUGUCUACACCAUGGGGUAAUGUAAGGGAUCAAAGCGAUGGCAGCUGGAAACGGUCUUGAUAUAGUCAUGCCGACUAUCACCACCCAGUGCAGAACUUACAAAACAGCGUAUGGUUCUCCAUCAUUUCUCACCAGUGAGUCUUGUCUCUCAAGGGAAGGGAGAAGAGAAAGCCAACCCUGUCGAGCACCUCUGAUCUGUCAUGUUCUAUGCUGGAAGGGGCCUCCCCAUAAUGCUGUGAGGUUGGAAUUAGCCCCAUUUCCCAGAUGAGGAAACUGAGGUUCAAAAAGAUCAGAUGAUCCGUCAGGAUGUAGCAGCUGGAUGUGAUGAGAAAGAGCCUCCUCUCUCUUCUCUCUGUUCCCCCCACCUCUUUCAGUGGGUUAUGGUGGAGGGAGGGACACAGGCUUGGGGCUGUCCUCAUUCAGACUCAUGGAGGGGACCCAGCCAAGAAGAUAAGCAUUUCUGAUAUGUCAGAAGCCAGGCAGUAAACAGGAUUCUGUCCAGGCCCAGGGCUCUCUGGAGACACACCUGUAUAAGCAGCAGCCAUUCCCAACAGAGCUCUGUUCCCGGAAAGCUCUGGGCUGGGCUGCCGAGAUUUGUUUAGUUAUCUGACCAUGUGGGAGGCUUGAGCAGGUGGGCAGACCACGCCCUGCCUCCCCACUUCUGCCUCAUCCAUCAUCACGGGGCAGGUGUCUUCUGCCCAGGCCAUGUCUGCCCUCCCCCCUCGGGACCAGUCUGUGGCCAAGGUUCUCACCCAUCCUAUCCCCAUGGGGAGAGCGGGCGAGUUCCUCAAACUGCUCACUAACCAAGUGAGGGACUGACUCCGGGUUACGAAGAGUGUGUGCUUGUAUGUGACCCGAGAGGAAUUGUGAACAGCAAUGACCUUGGGCCACUGAGGAUGUACAUGCCCUACCAGCGUGUGAGCAACACACGUUGCUCACGCACAUUCCUAGGAGCGUGGCUGUGUGUCCUGCUAGAUGGGGGUGGAGGGGGAUGCCCCGAGUCCCCUGAUCACUUCUAUGGGUGUGUCUGUGUGUGUCCUGUUAGGCAGAUGUGUAUCGGGGGUGAACGGCACCCGCAACCAACUCUGUAUGGGUACAUAACGUUUGCGGAUGUGUCCUGCAGGUGUGAGCCAGCGGACGCUUCUGCCAAGCGUCUGCACACGCUUCUGUGUGCUUAGAGUGACUUGGCACCCCCGCGUGUGUCCUGUGGGAGGGAACGGAACCCCACAAGGGCUGGGACAAGCGGGAACGUGCGAGUGUGCGUCCUGCGGCUCCCUGCUCAGCCUCCCGGCGGUCCUGCCCGUGUGCGCGAGUGGAAGGCGCCCGGGGCCCGCGGGUGUGCGCGCGCCGGUGCCAGUGCGAGUGAGUGCGGCGCCGUUCGCUCGCUCCGCUCCGCGCCCGCCCGCGCAGCCCGCACACUCACACUGCUUGGUUGCUGCCGGGUGACGCGGGCUGGGCCCGCCCCCCGCCUGCCGGCCCCUGGCACUCACUCGCCGGCCGCCGCCGAGCAGGCAGCAGCCGCGUCAGGGCCGUCCGGGGGGCGCCGCCGGCGAUGCCCGCAGCCCUCGCCGCGCCCCGCUGGGCCAGCUGAGCCGCCCCCCCCCCCCCCCCCCGCGGUCCGGGGCCGCGCCGGGCCGGGCCGGGCCGCGCCCGGGCGGGGCCGCGCUGCCUGCAUGACCCUCCGGCGGCGCGGGGAGAAGGCGACCAUCAGCAUCCAGGAGCAUAUGGCCAUCGACGUGUGCCCCGGCCCCAUCCGGCCCAUCAAGCAGAUCUCCGACUAUUUCCCCCGCUUCCCGCGGGGCCUGCCCCCGGACGCCGGGCCCCGCGCCGCUGCGCCCCCGGACGCCCCCGCGCGCCCCGCCGCGGCCAGCGCGGGCCGCCGCAGCCCCUCCGACGGCGCCCGCGACGACGACGAGGAUGUCGACCAGCUCUUCGGAGCCUACGGCGCCAGCCCGGGCCCUAGCCUCGGCCCCAGCCCGGCUCGGCCGCCCGCCAAGCCGCCCGAGGACGAGCCGGACGCCGACGGCUACGAAUCCGACGACUGCACUGCCCUGGGCACGCUGGACUUCAGCCUGCUCUACGACCAGGAGAACAACGCCCUGCACUGCACCAUCAGCAAGGCCAAGGGCCUGAAGCCGAUGGACCACAACGGGCUGGCGGACCCCUACGUCAAGCUGCAUCUGCUGCCAGGAGCCAGUAAGGCAAAUAAACUUCGAACAAAAACUCUCCGAAACACUCUGAACCCCACAUGGAAUGAGACCCUCACUUACUACGGGAUCACAGACGAAGACAUGAUCCGGAAGACCCUGCGGAUCUCCGUGUGUGACGAGGACAAAUUCCGCCACAAUGAGUUCAUCGGGGAGACGCGCGUGCCCCUGAAGAAGCUGAAGCCCAAUCACACCAAGACGUUCAGCAUCUGCCUGGAGAAGCAGCUGCCGGUGGACAAGACAGAAGACAAGUCCCUGGAGGAGCGGGGCCGCAUCCUGAUCUCGCUCAAGUACAGCUCGCAGAAGCAGGGCCUGCUGGUCGGCAUCGUGCGCUGUGCACACCUGGCCGCCAUGGACGCCAACGGCUACUCGGACCCCUACGUGAAGACAUACCUGAAGCCAGAUGUGGACAAGAAAUCCAAACACAAGACGGCAGUAAAGAAGAAGACCCUGAACCCCGAGUUCAACGAGGAAUUCUGUUACGAGAUUAAGCAUGGGGACCUGGCGAAGAAGACCCUGGAAGUCACUGUUUGGGAUUAUGACAUUGGAAAAUCCAACGAUUUCAUUGGCCCUUGGGAGUCAGAAGGUCACCAUGUCCCUCGCUACUCCUUCGGUUCCCUUCUUGCAGGAGGCGUGGUUCUGGGCAUCAAUGCUAAGGGCGAGCGCCUGAAGCACUGGUUCGACUGCCUGAAGAACAAGGACAAGAGGAUCGAGCGCUGGCACACGCUCACCAAUGAACUCCCAGGGGCUGUGCUCAGCGACUGACCAGCCCCCACCUGCUGCCGCACCCGCCCCUGCCUGUCACCUGGCCCAGCACCAGCCUGGCCCUGGGCUUCCUCAGCUGCCACCAAGGGCCUUGGCCCUCAUCUUGGGGAAGAUCCAGGAUGCUGCUCAGACACAGAGCCACUGCAGCUCCCGCUUGGAGGCUGUGGAGGACCUAGCCACUCCAAGGGAGAGCAAGGCCAGAAAGCUGGGCCUGCUUCCAGCCCCCUGGGGCCCAAGAGGGCAGGAGAUGGGAGAGGACCUUGGCCUCAGCACCCACCCCAGGGAAGGGAAGGGGGCCAUCCAGGGGCUGAGGACCCUAUUUGAGGUCAGUAGUAAGUCACGGGGACCCCAGGUGGAGAGAAUAGGAGUGCAGGGCUGCCUUGGCCUUGGUGGGGCCAGGGAGAACUCCUGAGGGACAUUAGGGAGAAAGGGGCAUGAAGGGAAGAGUUGGAGAAGUUUAUUCCCAAAAGGAGGCUCUUACUGCAACCGUUCGUCUCUGGCAUUACUGGGCAGAUGGAGAAAAGCUGACCUGAGAGCAAGAAUGGUCAAGUUCCUGCAAGCUCACUGAACAUGGGCAAUUGGCAAGUACUUCAAUGAUUCCACGAGCUGCUGGAGAAGAAUGAGAACCAGGGCCUACCCUCAGAGUUCCUGGUCUAAUCAGGGAGCUAGAAACCAUUACAACAGGGAGUGAGGAAUGCCAAGGCCAGGUUGACAUAACUGGUGAGUGCCAUGGAUUCUGACUCAGCUGGGAGGGCUUCCUGGAGGAGGUGAUGCCUCAGCAAGGCCUUGAAGGAUGAAUGGGUUUCUAGGCAGAUAGAGGAAAGGCACUGUGUGCAGUGGAAAUGAUCUACAAAGGCCUGGAGGGGAGAGUAUGGUGAUUGGGUCAAGGAUCACUGUGCAAGAUGUGGGGGUCUCACUCUGGAGACAGGGCUUGUUAGGACAGGCAUGGGGGUAGGGGUGAUGUCACCCAGCCCUGCUCUCACCCCAUCCCUUCCUGCCAGGCUUACCCCAGUUCAUAGGAGGGAAGUGAUGGGUCAGGGUCAAGUUCAAUCCUCAGACCCAGUUCUCCUACCUUUAAUCUUUCUCCUCCCUAAGAACCUGGAGGAUGGAUCCAGCCUCUCAUUACCAGCUUAAGCAUGAGGCCAGCUCUAGUCCCGAAGAGUCCCUCUUCCCUUUUUCACGAAGCAAAAAGUCUUCAUCCUCACCCUCUUCCUUCACCCACCCCCCCACUUCUGAGUUCAGGGCUAGGAAGUGAGAGGCCCAGAUGAGUGCCCUACAUCCUGGCCCUACUGUGGCCACUGAUGUUCCUUUCAGAGUGCUGGGUGGCAGUCCAGGGCCUCAUUUCGGGAAGACCUGUGAGGCUGGCUCCUCUCCCUCCAAGGGCUGAGACACCCUGCUUGGUGGGCCUUGCACGCUGAGUCAGGUUGAGGGCAUUGGAAUCUUGGGGCCCAGGUAUGAAGCCCCAAACUUUUCCUGCCUACCCAGGGGCCUUCAAGGCUGCUGUAUGAACUAAUGCAAAACCAGGGAAUUUCUGUGUUUGUCGCAUCACUGCGCUGAUGGAUAAAACAGAGGCCCAGAGAGGGAAAGUGACCUGCCUGAGGCCUUCCUGCCCUACCACAGCUGGCAAAGGCCGGGCUUCAUGGCCCCUGCCUCACCACCAGCCCAGAGCUAUGGACACAAUGGAAGUAGGGUGCUGGACUCCUACGCAAGAGGUCCAUCCUGUAAGCUGCCUGCCUAGGGCUCACUCUUGCCUGCUGCAGACACAAAGCACAUCACCAUCUGAGGCCUGAGGUGAUGAUUCGAAUUCCACCAAGUGCCCAUCAGCCCUUUCCCACUUUGCAGGUUGAACAGGAUUCCAGCCCCCAAACAGUAGCUGGAAAACUUUUGCUGGUCACGGAGCCUUGGUUUUCCUGUCUUUAAGGUAGCUUUGUGUAUGUUAAGAGUUUUACGUGCACUUUUGCAAUGAAUCCUCACAAUUCUAUGGGGUGGGUUUGUCGUCCUCAUUUGACAGACGAAGAAGCUGAGAUUCAGAGAGGCUGUGUAGUCUGUCAGUGGCACACAGCUGGGAAAGGGCAAACCAGGACUCAGCCCAGGUCCUGUGACUGCCACAUGGUCUGGUUGUCUGGGAGAUCGUACUCUCUGGGCCUCUGCCUCCGGGCUUCUGGAGGGUUCAGCAGAUAGCAGACUCGGUAGGGUCUGGUGCAUGGUGAAGGGGUAGGACCACGGCAGUCCUGCUGCCUCAGCUGCUAGAUAGCUUUGAAAUCACUUCUGCCAUUCAGAGCUUCCCCAGAGGUCCCCACAGUCCAGGCCGAGAGCUCAGCUAUCCAUCCCUCCCUGGGCUCUGAGUCCAUGGGCCAGGCCGUGCUCCUCACAGGGGCUCAGGCAAGGGUUCCUCUUUUAACCACAAGGCUGGCGUGGGGGAACCUUUGGGGAGCAAGCAAAGAGAUGGCCUAUUUUGGAGAGGCCUCCUGUCUGGGUGAGCCCUGGGUAUCUUAGCUUUUUCUUAGCUUUGCCUCUUGGAGGGCCUCAUUCAGAAAAGAACCCCACAGACUUUCUGUGAAGAUACUGAACUGAAUGGCAAGGCUAGAAGGGGCUGGGAGUCUCAACAACUACCUUAUUAGACAGUGGGAAAACAGAGGCCCGGUAAAUGCGAGGAGCCCACUUGGGGCUCUUUACUGCCCCAGGCUGUACAAGGAUAGACUUGGUCCUGAAAGAUGGUCCCUCGUGACCAGGGACAGUCAGGAUAAAAGAUGGAUCUUCUGGACAGACAGCCCCAGUGGAGGGUGGGGUGCUUAGGAAGGAGCCCCCCCCCCCCCGCGCUUACCCCCAGGGAGGAGGGAAUCUUCACCAGGACCCUGGCACUGCUCUGGACCCCUCGCAGAUUGUAUCUGCUGAAGAAAAAGCUCUUUGGGAAGCUGCAGUAUCAUCUCUGCCUUUGGCCCCAAACUGGCAUCUUUCCUCUGGUCUAAGACUGGAAAGUUGACGCCCCUCCCUACCAACCACCACCACAAAGUCAUUCCAAAGUUUGGUGUCAGUAACCAGGAAGUCGCCCGACAGCACGCUGCAUCCUCCUCCACCCCCACCUCCCACCGCCACCACUAGCCAAUCAAUCCCAGACGGGCCUCGUCUUCCAACCCUGAAGCGGUAACCUCCUGACCCCUAGCGGCAAGAGCGAGGAACUGCACCUCCCGGCCCGUGCAUGUCCUACUGUUGGUUUCUUCUCAAACCGAGAGAACCUCCCGAUGCAUGGACUCUGGCUGUCGUCGACGCAGACUCUCGUGCACUGCUUAACACCGUUUUGCUACCAUGUGGUGGCUGCAGAAAAGGUCCUUAAACUGCAGCCCCACACACAAUUUUUGUACUUUCGUCUGACCUGGAAGGUGUCCUUUUUAAGUCUUAUUUGUUAAUAUUUAUAACGACCUAUAAUCCAAAGUAAAUGAAAACGUUCACUGCAA